AUGAAUGUAGCUAUUAGAAUACUAAGAACUACAUGUCGAUUAUCAUUGCGCAGUAAAGGAAAUGGUCAUAUGACUAACCCAUUCGAUAAGUCUACAAUAGAUAUACUGACUAUCAAUAAUUUAACAUCAAUGAAUAGAUUUGCUCUGUUGCAUUCUAAUCAGAACAUUACAACACAAACAAUCAAUGUUGAUUUUCGUAAUGUCAAUGAUUUUGUUAGUGAUCUUCAAUGUGGAGACCAAUUUAUACACACCUUUGGCUGA